AGUGGUAGAAAGUUGAAGUAGUCUUUUUGGCGUGAGUUUUUCACUUUCCGGUCCUCCAUUUCGGGGAAUUUUCGGCAUUUUUGGCCAUUUCUCACGUUUCCUGUGUGCAAGUGAGAUCUCUGGGCAUUUUGUGAAGUGAUCUAGAAGGUGAAGUGUGUGGAGUGUGUAAAGAAUACCAACCUUUUGUCCGAUUUCUCAUCUGAAUCACUGCCAACGUGGGAUUUGAGCUCCUCCUUGAAUUCGGCAUUGGUCAUCAAUCUGUUGCCUUGUAGAUCCUUUGGGAUAGGAUUAACGUGAGAACUAACAGCAUUCUGUGCUUCAUCAGUGUGCUUUCGGACGUUUUGUUGGAUGGGAGGUUAUUUUUUUCAACAAUACCAAAAAUUUCGAGAAUUCCCGAUCAGGUUUCUUUGAAGGGUCAGUUGCCCUUCUUAGUUGAGGGCUCUGGCCUGUUCUUCAUCACGUGGCAGCUCAAAUUGAACGGCGAACCACCGUGGUAAUAGCCCUUCAGUUGCAUUACAUUUUGGACACUAACUACUUGGCUUAACUUAGACUCUCUUGAUAAGAGAGAAAGAGUGGAGAGAAGAUAAGAGAAUUUGGACAACGCAACACGGAUUUGUGAAGUGUUUAUUAUCUGACAAGGAUUUCAGAGAGCUCAGGAGGUAGAAAUUUUUUUUGCAGAAGGAAAAAUGAAGCUUCAGUUGGAGAAUGAAAUCACCCUAUUUGAGGGUCAAUUUGAUGCAAAUGCCAUUUUUCGGCAAAAGAUUUACGAGGAGAUGGAUGCUGGCCAAGACGAGGCUCUCUAUCUCUGUAAUUUGUCGGAUGUGGCCAGGAAGUAUAACAUCUGGUGCCAGAAGAUGCCACGUGUAAAGCCUUUUUAUGCUGUUAAGUGCAACAGUGAUGAGAAUGUUGUGAGAUUGCUAGCCAAAUUGGGCACUGGCUUUGACUGUGCGUCACGGGCCGAGAUCAAUGCGGUCCUCAAGCACGGAGUCACUCCUGACAGGAUCAUCUUUGCCAACCCGUGCAAGGCUAGCUCCCACAUUCGCCAUGCAGCAGCCACUAAUACUAGCCUCAUGACUUUUGACUCCACGGUGGAACUUGAGAAAAUCCGACUCCUCUAUCCGGACGCUCAGCUCGUCCUCCGCAUCCGUUGUGACGCAAAGAAGGCUCAAUGUCCUUUGGGCGAUAAGUUUGGGUGCGAUCCUAAGCUAGAGGCGCCUCUAUUCCUCGUAACCGCUAAGAAUCUGGGUCUAAACGUUGUUGGAAUUAGUUUCCAUGUUGGAAGUGGCUGUGGAGAUCCUCCGGUUUUCCGUAAAGCUAUCGCUGCUGCCCGUGAGCUCUUUGACUAUGCUGCUACUUUGGGCUACAAUUUGAGCCUUUUAGACAUCGGAGGUGGAUUUCCUGGUGAUACCGGUACAGAUAUCAGUGUUAUUGCAGAUGUAGUUAAUGCUGCUCUUGAGGAUUAUUUUCCACCUGGAGAUGACAAUGUGGAGAUCAUUGCGGAGCCAGGAAGGUUCUUUGUGUCUUCUGCUUACACUUUGGGUGUGACUGUGCACUCAAAGCAUGAAGUCCUGGGUCCAGAUGGCAAUAUAACUCACGUGAAGUACUUCGUGAAUGAGGGUUUGUACGGAUCCUUCAAUUGCAUCCUGUUUGAUCAUCAGGUGGUGACACCGCAAGUUCUGGAUAGAAAUCCGUCAGCCAGUGAGGAGCCGCGUGCACCGGGCAUUAAGUGUUCCAUUUGGGGACCUUCGUGUGACGGACUCGACAAGAUUUGUGACAAUUUGGUGCUGCCACAGCUUUCCCUUGGCGAUGUCAUUGUGUUUCCCAAUAUGGGGGCCUAUACUUUGACCAUUGCCACCACCUUCAAUGGCUUCCCGAAUCCACGGGUUAUGUACUUUGUGGAGCGUCAGAGCGCGAUGGAUCCGGUCAUCAUGUGAUGCUGUGGUUUACACCGAGAUUUAUCGCAUCGAGGACCAAUUUUAUCCACUCCCAUUUAUGUAUCUCUCUUUUACAACGUCUGUUUUGGGAAUCUUUUGCAGGGGGACUGUUCCCCUCUUUGACACACUCUUAUUUUCUUGGGUAUCUUCCAAAUAAAGGAGUUCUUUUUUUGCAACUAACACAAGAA